GAACAGAAUAACCUCCCCGGCCACUGAUUAGUUGUCUUCUCAACUCUUCAUUUGUCACGUAACAUGUCUCUUUUCGGCAGGCAGAAACCCCCCCCAAAAUUGACACUAGGUCAAUGGCCAGAAAAACGUAAACUACGUUUACAAACCACAUACACCCCAGAACACAUGAUAUAGGAUUGGCCCAUCACUGCAUGCAUGAAAACAUGGGUUCCAGGGCCAAGGAAAAAAAAAAAAAAGACCAGGCAUCGGUAACCUUGACAGCACUAGGGCAUCCCAACGCAACCCGGACGCUUCAACAGGUUACAAAGGGCGCAAUUUUCAGGGUGGCAGGCAAGGAGAAGGAAAAAGAAGUCGAAUGGAAAAACGCCAGCGCAUGAAGCAGAAACACGCCAAAACACGGGACGUAGCAACCUACCAUCCUAUCAGCGUGAAUGAGGCUAGCACGCGACGGAGCAGGAAUAGUCAAUUAGGCCGUUCGGUACGUAGGACCAUUGGCGUACAUAGUAGGCCGGCAAAUAACCAUGGUUAGCGUUUCGGGGGCAUCAUCGGAGAUGUGGAUGUGCCUUCGUAUGAUCCGUCGCCGGGGUAAGCGACUUGUCGAGAUUCCCUUUUCAGUCAAUCGUAUACCUUUACGAUCGCGCGCCGUCGAUCAUCAAUCACAGAAGCAAUCAUUCCGAGUCCGAUGCGUGCCGUCGGGAGGAACAAAAGACGUCUCGUACUCCCCCACCUCGCACAAAAACCCGCCCAAAAAAAGAGAGUUCGAUUAAGCUUGACAUUUGUGCCUAACAUUUCGAGACCGUCUUUGCUGUAGCCAGGCGGGACUAUUUCUGCCACCGAAGCCCAACCUAGCUGGUUAGUUUUGCUUCUGGGACUAGUUUCGCCUGUCAUUCGUGGGCUUGGGCCAUCCCCCAAUGUUUCUGUUUUG